AUGUCAAAUCCAAUCCCCAUUGAAAUUAAUUCUGAUGCCGAUGAAUUUCAAAAUUGCUUUCCCUCAAACACUGGAUCCACCGCUCCUUUAAGUCUGUAUGACAACUCCAACAUUUUCAAAAUCUUGACUUCUCAAUAACUUGACGAUUAAUUGGAUUAAGUAGAUGAAGAAUUCGAUUUGCUCAAUUAACAGAUGAAGAAUGAACUACAAAUUGAUAAUUUCAAAUCCCCCUUGAUAUAAGCCUUUUAAGUUGACAUGUCAUCCUAUAUUACACAUGAAAAAUUAACCAAAAAUUCUAGACGAAUGCAAUUCGAAUACGAAAAUGCCAAACCCAAGGAAAGAGAGUAUGUUUUUCAGACCUUUAUACUAAAUUAUAUCGUAAAUCUAAGUUUGGACAAGUAUAUGCACUACAUACUGGAAAAAAUCAUUGAAGUGGGUCCUCCAAAAUAUAGAAAUAUUAUUUUAGAUCAAAUUUUCAAUAGCAUUAACAAACUUAUCACUGAUCUCUAUGCUUGCAAGGUGAUGCAAAAGGGAUUAGACAUUAUGGCCCAAUUCCCUUAAGAUUCUUAAAAUUAAUUCUAAAAAUACAUAAAUUUUAUAAUAGAUGAUAACAAUUUUAUUAAAAAGCUAUAUACCCAUAAAAUUAGCAACUAAAUCUUCCAAAAAUGUUUAGAAGUUUUUGAUGGCAAAAGUUAGCAUACUCUUUUGCUCAAUUUGGAUAAAUAUAUAUUAAAUAAUAAUUAACAAUAAAUUGAACUUUCGACUGACCAAUAUGGAUGUCUUAUUGUUAAUAAAAUAAUCGAAAUAUUACCAAAACAAAUAGACUAAAACUCAAAAUAAGUUGCAAAUAAUAUAAUCAUGAGAGCCAUCGAGAACUCCUCUUGUUUAGUAAGAAGAUAAUACGCAAAUUAUAUCAUCUAACAAAUCUUAGAGAAAGGCUAGGAGUGCCAUAAAAGGAAACUUCUUGACGAAUAUCUCGUCAAAGACUUUGUAUCGAUGUCCAUGGAUAAAUAUGGGAGCAAUGUGGCUGAAAAGGCAAUCAUUUACUCAGGACCUCAAUGGAGAUAAAAGCUUUGGGAAGAAGAAGUGGCAGUCUCCGAAGAGUCUUUUCGUAAAUUAGUAAAUGAUUAGUUCGCCAAUUAUCCCAUCUAAAGAUUGUAUGAAUAUCUAACUUAAGAAUAUCGAAAUGAAUUCUUUGGAUAUCUAUAGAAGUUACAUGAAAGCAACUUCCUGAAUCAUCACGGGCAAAUUGUUUGGAAAUUUGCCUUAAUCAAUCUAAAUACUAACCGAUUUGCUUAAAGAGUUAAUACAAAGUUAAAUCCAUAAAUCUCUUCUUUUUAAGAAAGGAAUAUAUAAACAUCACAAUAAUAAGUUAAUUAACAAUAUAGUGCCAACAAUCAGUAUUAAUAAUAUUAAUCAUUGUUAUAAUAGUAGUAGUAAUACUAAUAAUAAUAAUAACUUAUGUAUAAUUAUUGGAUAUAAUAAUAAUAAAAUCCAUAAUAAUAACCUUUUGAUUAUUAAUAAUAUCAAGCAUUUUUAAUGUAAAAUACAAUGAUGCUUUAGUAGUCACAAUAAAUGUAUCAAUAAUCCUAAUAAUUUUAUCCUAAUUUUUAAAAUUUAUAAUAAAAUAAUUCUUAAAUUAUGUAGACAUUAAAGAUGGUGUAAAACCAAUCUGACUGACAUUUAAAUGACAACAUAAAAAAUGAUAUCAAUAUUUUAAUGCAUAGAAUAUUUGUAUAAUUAUAAUCUUUAUC